AUGGUCCGUCUCUGCGGCCUUCGUCUUCGUCUUGCUCUCGCGCCCCUGGUUUCGGCCCCCGUGACUGGACGGGCAUGGAGUAGGACGGCACCUCUGCGCUUCCUCAGCACACAGACACAGUCAUCCAGCAUAAGACCAGAGUACGUGCCUCUUCGGAAACAGCUCAAGGACGAGGCCAGGGCGAAACGGAGGGACAAAGGGAGGGACAAGGGGAGGGACAAGUCGCAGGUCGAGGGAUGGGAGUUGACGGUGGGCAUCGAGGUGCAUGCUCAGUUGGAUACGGACGUGAAGCUGUUUUCCAGAGCCUCUGCUGGCCAUGAAGAUGCGCCGAAUGCGAAUGUUGCGCUGUUCGACCUCGCGUUUCCCGGGAGUCAGCCAUGGUUCCAAGCUGCGACGCUGAUACCGGCGCUGAGGGCUGCCAUAGCCUUUGGCUGCGAGAUACAGAGCGUCAGCCAUUUCGACCGGAAGCACUACUUCUACCAGGACCAGCCUGCCGGCUACCAGAUCACGCAGUAUUAUGAACCGUACGCGAGAUCGGGCGCCCUCUACCUGUACCCCCACGACGGCAUAGCGGCCGAAGACGGCGAGUCGGUGCGAGUCGGCAUCAAGCAGAUACAGAUGGAACAGGACACGGCCAAGUCGCAGGAACUCCCCUCGCACGCCGUCCUGCUCGACUUCAACCGCGUAUCCCGCCCGCUCAUCGAAAUCAUCACCCUGCCCGAGAUCCACUCGCCCGCCACGGCAGCAGCCUGCGUGAGGAAGAUACAGUCCAUCCUGCAGUCAUGCGGCGCCGUCAACACCGGCAUGGAGAUGGGCGGUCUACGUGCUGACGUUAACGUAUCUGUGCGACGAACGGGUGAUGUAGCUGGUGCACACGGGUACGAGGGCAUAUCCGGCCUGGGCCAGCGGACAGAGAUCAAGAACCUGAGCAGUUUCAAGGCGGUCGAGGAUGCGAUCAUCGCCGAACGGGACCGGCAGAUAGCUGUGCUUGACGCUGGCGGGAAGAUCGAGGGUGAGACUCGUGGCUGGACGAUAGGGAGCACGGAGACCAGGAAACUGCGUGAGAAAGAAGGGUCGGUUGAUUAUAGAUAUAUGCCGGACCCUGAUAUCGCGCCGGUGAUAGUCGGUCGGGACCUGGUCGAGGCGCUGCGUGCAAGCAUGCCGCCGGCCCCAGACGAGAUGCUGAAGACACUGAUGCAGGAGUAUUCGCUGACGAUGGAAGACUCGAAGCCGCUGGUCGAGCUCGACGACUGCGCGCGGCUAGAAUAUUACCAGGACGCCGUCGACGCUCUCAUAUCGAUGCAAGACACAAGUACCGGCACAAGUGAACCAGGCAGGUCGAUAGGCAACUGGGUCCUGCACGAACUCGGCGGCCUCUUCAGCAAGUCCGACUCGCCCUGGGACGCCCAGCGAGUGCCGGCCGCGAGCCUGGCAGCGAUCGUACACCUACUCACCACCGGCAAGAUCACCGGCAGCACGGCCAAGUCGCUGCUGGCCACGAUCUUCGACGGCGACGACCAGGGCCGGACGGUGCAGGAGAUCGUGGAGCAAGAAGGCCUGACGCUGCGGCCGCUGUCGAGGGAAGAGUACGUCGCGAUGGCGCAGGAGGUGAUGGCCAAACACCCGCAGAUGGUCGCUCAGAUCCAGCAGGGGCAGCAGGGCAAGAUCGGUUUCUUCGUCGGCCAGAUCAAGCGCAUGGGGGAGAAGGGCAGAGUCGAAGCCCAGCGCGCCGAGCAGGCCAUCCGCUCUCUCUUAUCCCUAUAA